CGAAUGGAAUCAUUCGAUUGUUGAGCACCUCAUCUGUUGCAUGUUACGAUGUUUUAAGCGAAAUUGAGUUAAAAUGGCAUAAAUAUGUUGCGAAGUAGUCAAAGUCAGGCCCACCUGCUGUCUCGCGGUUGUGUUUAUAUUGUGCGAGGCUUAGCUGCAGUAAAAAAAACACCAAGCAAAGAGGAUAAGCGAAAGUUGACAAAAUUAGGGGAAUAUGAACGGACAACGGAGGAUUCCUUGAAUCCUAACUAUUUAGCGCGAACGUUAGGCAGUAACUAUCGUACUUGGGCGCAGGCUCUAGAAAAACAUCCCGAGCUGAAAACGGUCAAACGAAAGGACCUGCUCAAUUCCUAUCACACCUUAAAAGCGUUGAAUUACAGCGUAGAUGAUAUUGUUACAAAACCGAUGAUCAUCUAUUAUGGCGCAUCAACGCUUUCAAAUCGCCAUAGUGUGCUCAUUGAGUGCGGCUUCCAAAAUAUCACCAUCCAAACGUUGUUCAAAUACGUAACUGUUAUAAACAAGCCAAUAGAUAUGCUCAAGGCUCACCGUUGUAUACCUUACGACGUUGAUGUGCCUGAACGUCUCAAAAAAUGCUUUACGAAUGUUCAGCUGUGCAAUUUCCAAUUGCAAGAAAACGUCGAUGAAAGCAUUCCCUUAAAGAUACUAAGACAAAAUAUACUAAAUGCAUAUUUGCGCGAACGUCUACAAAUGGAAGACGCUGACUUGCAGAAGCUGUGGCGUGUAUAUGCGCGCGUACGUCACAAGAGCUUCCGAUCCGUGCAAGAUAUUAUCGAGUUGCUAACUAAAGAGUUUAAGUUUCCAGCAGAACGGCUGCGUAAAAAUAGUUUUCUCCUGCACGGGGAUGCAGACAACGUUCGUCGUAUUCUACAGGAGAUACCCACAAUCAACGACCAUGACAUUCGUGAUAUUGGAUAUCGACGGCCAAAAAUUUUAAUGUCUACAUGUGAUGGUCUUAAGCAAACACUGAAGCACGUUAAAUCCUUUGGAAUUAGGGAGGAUGCUGUGCUACGUUGUCUUGAAGUACUUACUCUAGGACCAGAUACUGUCUUGGAGCGGCUUCGCGAUCUUAACGAAAUAGAGCAGUUUCAGGUGCUGGGUAGCAAUCCGCGUGUACUUCGCCUGGUACACUAUCAGAAUAAAGCACGUCUGCGUCUGGAUUAUUUAAAUCAGCUGCGUGUGCGGUGCGCCUCGUUGCAUAUACUUUCGUGCGGGUCUGAAGCCUUUGCCAAAUUCGCUCGUGAUGGAUCGGAUCGUACAAAAGGUCGGGACAUUGUCGUUUACUUGGGAAAUGUUUUAGAAAAAGAUGAACAGUUGCUACGCAAUGUGCUGUCGCGGCACCCGAACUGGUGUCAUAUACCAGUUCUUCAUGUCAAGCAAUGUCUAGAAUACUUGUUAGGCAAAAAAUUUAAGUUGGAUGAGAUCUUCCACAACAUACACUUGCUGUUGUAUCCAAUCAAACGCAUUGAGGAAAAAAUGUUUCUGUUACAACAUCCAGACACUAUGCAAGAGCUUCGACUGCCUGUUGCCAAUGUUCACGCUCUGGAGAACAAUGAGAUAUUAACGUUGAUUUUAUAUCUAAUUGAAUCCGAAUUUCAUUUUACCGGCGAUGGAAUUUGGACAGAACAGCAUACGCAUCACGUGGAGAAUUUUAAUAAUCUUUUGCCUGACUUUCCCGAAAGUCUCAACAAAGUGUACAAAUAUGGUGUGAAGCCAUCAGAGAAGCUGUCGAUGCAUUACUUAUAAAUAUAUUAAGACAUAAUUAAU